AUGGGGCAGCAGGUGGCCGUGGCCUCGCAGGAUUGGUGGCCGCCGAGCAAUGCGACGUUCAGCAAUGCUGCGCCGCUGGUCGAAUAUACUAUGGUCUCGGUGGGGAUCAUGCGGACGCAUUCGCCGAUGCCAUCGGAAAGAAGACGGCUAUUGUGUAUCUACGCGCGAGCGCUAUUGGCCUCGUGCCUCCUGCUCUACUCCGCCAUGGCUAUUGGGCAUUUGGGCUCAACAUUGAGCUCGCCUCUGUCUCCGUGGUCACGGCUGCGAGGAAGCAGAGCGGCGAGCUCCGAUCCACCUCCACUUGAUGGCUACGAAGCGCGGGCGCGAGAUGCCUGUCACGAGGCACGGAAGAGCUGCCGCCUGGGGACAGCAGGGAAGAAGAGGAGGUAA